AAAAAUCGAUUAAUGAUAAUCGAUUCCGCACAUCAUUAAUAUUAAUAUAAUUUAAAAAAAUCACAAUAUAUUUUCGUUACCGAUUCCCAUUCCCUUUCUUAUAUUGUGUAAAUACUUCGAAAGUAGUUUAAUUCUUCACAAAAAAUGAAUUCGAUAAGAAAAUUAAGUCUAAUACAACAAUCAAGCAGAUUAAGCUCCACAAUAACUGCCGAGUUUGUCAAUAGAAAUCCUAGAAAUCUUGAAAGAAUACGCAUAGCUCGCAAACCCGAUGGAUAUCAUUUAGAUAAACCUGGAAGAAAAUAUUGGCAUAAACUAGUUUUAACACCGAGUAAUCGUACAGUAACAGCUCAAGUUGUUCAUUUUGUAAAUGGUCCAGUUAUACAAGCAAAGACUUCAGAAUGGGCUCUGCGUAAACAGCUCUACAGUAUCAAUGAUACAAGUGCUUACAUAAACUUAGCUAAAGUAUUCACUCAAAGAUGUCUUGAGUCUGGAAUUACUGAGAUGCACUGUGACAUUAUCCCAACCAAAGGUGGAAAAGUUGAAAAGUUUCUAAAUGAACUUGUGGACGGUGGCAUCAAAUUAACAGAACCAGAUGUUUAUAAACAACCAAAUCCAUGGGAUCAACAUAGACCAGAAAAACCAUGGGAAGUGACAGAAGAAUAAUGUUAAUGGCUUUCAUACAAAAAGAAAUGUAAUAUU